CUCACCCAGGUGACAAAGUGAGACCGGGUGGGGGGGCAGUGUUGUAAAUGCGGACAUUACGGAGCGACAGAGAGACGAGACGAGACGAGACGAGACGCGGGGGCUUCGCCGCGACGACUGACCCGGUUUCUCUCCUCGGUAGUGAGCUCAGCUCCCGGGAGCCGCUCAUGGAUCCUGCAGAUGGUCAGCGUGGACGGGACGGCGGCGGUCAGAAACGCAACCCUCUCGACAUCAUCAUGAGUCAGAUCCGCCGGAAACGCCCGGCCUCGGACAGGAAGCCGCUGGGACGCUUCCUGUCCCGAACCGUGGACCGCACGGGGAUCCCCGAGGACGGGGAGACAGAGGGCAGAGAGGAGAGAGGACAGAGCUCAGGUGUUGCAGAAGCAGCGGAGAGCGAGCGAGACGUCGGCUGGGGCCGAGUGAGCCUUUUCCUUCAGAGGCUGGGGAAGAGAGCCGACAGCAGGAGCCUGAGUCUGGCUCACUGUGAUCUGACUGCUACAGACCUGCUGGAGCUAGCGACGCUGCUCCGGUCUCUCCCCCAGCCCCAGCUGGAGGAGGUGGACGUCUCCUGGAACGAGCUGAUCGGCGGGAGUCUGAAGGCGCUGACCUCGCACCUCCACCACGUGGGCGGGAUCAGGACGUUGAGGCUCUGCAGCUGCAGGCUGAACGCCGAGGACACGGCUGCACUGGGCGAGGCCCUCGGCUGCGUCCCCCUUUUGGAGAUCCUGGACUUGUCCUGGAACGGCGGCGUCGGGGGCGGAGGCUUGCCAGGCCUGCUGGGCAAACUGCAGCCCCCGCUGAGGGAGAUUCACCUGGUGGCUUGUCAGCUCGACGCAGCCGAUGCCGCCGCACUGGGGGGAACGGUGUCUGCUCUCCCCAGACUCAGUGUGCUGGACGUCUCCUGCAACCCUCGGCUCACGCAGGCCGCCGGCGAGGGCGGCUUCGGGGAACUGGCCGCCUCCCUCUCCCACGCCGCCUCCCUCACCAGGCUUCGGCUGCAGGCCUGCGGUCUGACGACGGACGGCCUCGACACCCUCGGUGGUUCGCUCCGCUGCCUCCCCUCGGUGCGAGAGCUGGACCUGUCCUGUAACAAAAGCCUGGCCGGGGGACUGGACCGCUUCGCCCCCCACCUGGCUCACCUCACGCACCUGGAGAGCCUCGACCUUCACCUGUGCUGUCUCACACACACCGACCUGGAGGCCCUGACCCGGGCGCUCCCCGCUCUGCCGGCGCUGACGGAGCUGGACGUGUCGUCCAACAAGGAGGCGGGGGCCGUGGUCCCCCCGCUGGUCUCCGCCCUCCCCCUGACCCAGAUGAGGCGCCUGCCGCUCAGCAGCUGCGGCCUCACCCAGGAGUCCUUGACUGCGCUGGCUCUGGCCGUGCCGUACCUUCGCAGCGUGGACGUGUCCUGGUGCAAGGCGGUCGGCGGCCGUUUAGCGCUGCUGCUGGACGCCCUGCAGCCGGCGGUCAUCCUGGAGCUUCGCCUCAGCAGCUGUGAGCUCUCCAGCGACGACCUGCGUCACCUGGCUGCAGCGUGCGGCCGCGGACGCCUGUCCUCUCUCCGCGCGCUGGAUCUCUCCUACAACGGCUCGGCGGGCGACGACGGCUGGUCCGCCCUGUUCGCGGCGGGAGGUCUGGCCUCGCUGGAGGACCUCGACCUCAGCCUACGACCUUCGACCUCCGCCCCCUGCUCGGCCUGGCUGCCGGCGCUGCUCCGCGCUCUGCCCCGACUGCCGGCGCUGACGCGGCUGGCGGCGCGGCGGUGGACCGCGGGCCCUCGGGGCCGACGGCAGCUGCACCGCUGCCUGAGUGAGAGGAACGUCCUGCUGGAGUGGGAUCCAGACUUCGCGGACGCAGCGUCGUCACGUAAGACGGCCGAUGGGGAGAGCCCAGAGGAGUAGGGACCCAAAAACCCCGGAGACCUUGUAGAGGAGGCUGCUAAUCUGAUGCCAUGUGUCACUAAUGAAGGACACCCGAACUGAAGGAGCUGCUGUAAACGCUCAUUUAUAGUUUUGUAAUUGUUUGAUCCAGAUCUAAGCUUCUUUUUUUUUUUUGGUACCGGCCAAAAGGAUUAUAGUCGAUAACCGAUAAUAUUGAAUCAUUGCCCACUUUUAUAGAUGCACUUAGGAAACACUUGAACUGUUUUCACGUUCGUGCACGAUGCACUUUGACAGGCUUAAAUCCCUGCAGUCCUUGUUGUGCAUCCUUAAAUCUGCGCAGGAAACAUUUAAAUGUAGAGACGACUGAAUCUCAGGGUGCAGA